AUGUCUUCGACACUCGUCCGAGUCGUCUGGUUAUUGCUCUUGAUUUGCAGCUUUGUUUCGUCGUCCUACGCCGCACUGCAUAAAUGGGAAGCUACCAACUUCUGUAAAUGCAUCUGCUUUGCCGCCAAUUAUUCAAUAUUGCCGCUCGAAAUUCCUGACAACCCAUCCCAGCCUUGUCUUUCGUGCACUAAGCAAUGGUGUCUGAACCAGAACUUGCCAAUGUGUCAUGGCGCGUCUCUGGGCGACACAAAUCCUGAUACUGCGACUGGAAAAGAAGGCGAUGUUGAGGCACGCUGCUUUCAGCGGGACUCUCCUCGAGACCAGUUGGUUGUUACAAUUUUCCUUUUGACUGUGUUUGGAUUGUUGCUUGGCGCGGGGAUCAAGAGCAGGAUGGUGAAAGCAGGUUUCACUGAGCCACAGCUACCCUGGGAGGCAGGAAGAAGGUGGUGGGAUGCCUGGACGCCUGGCGCACCUAUUGCCCUGAGAAGUUUGAGGAGGGGGACGACGAGCGAAUAUGCCCCAGUCAUUAAUCCACAGGCGAAUCGAAUUAUUCAGGUGGACAUACUGUCCUGGGGGCUGCGGAUGACACUCGACCAAACAACCCACGAGCUGCAGCUUUGCAAGCAGCGGAAGCCAGACUCGAUGCCAGCAAGAAACGAGGGACACCAAACAACGGCGCUUUGGCCGCCAAAGCCGCAGCAAAUGCUUCUUCCCGACUACAGCCGGAGCCACGACAGGAGGAGAGGCUUGUGUGGGAUUGAUGCUAGUUUACGUUGUCUUGAGCUUGCUUUCGACCACCAUCGCAUGGAAUAUCUAUGGCAUCGAAAACCUCAACCUGACAAUUAUUUUGACCCUCAGUCCUUCUUGUUGUUCCUGCGUCGCAAUGACAACUUUCGACCAUACACAUAUUGGCCGCUUGUUCUGCUUUCUUGCGCAAUCACCCAGCAUCUCGCCACCAUUUUCGUAUUUAUAGCUGUCUUUGUGCGUCUCAGAGAGAAUCAGCUAGAUGCACACCUGCUUGUCUGGGUGUCUGUCAGUUGCUUCUUGGUCGGAUAUUUACUUUGGGAGCUUCUUGAGCGAAAGGUGGUUGCCACGGCUCAUCGACGCGCUAACCGCGUCAAGGCAGUCAAGUCGUCGAUUCUGAUUUUCUUGGCGCUCAUGUCCCUUUCGCCGGUGUUGCGCACGCUCACUGCAGCAACCUCGUCCGACUCAAUUUGGGCAUUAUCAGCAAUUCUGUUUGCACUCAACGCCCUUCUCGCAGAUUAUAGUGCAACUUCACUGCGCGGAGAGAGGCUUACCUCAGUUUUGUCUAUGAAUGCUGCCAUUUCGGCAUCGGUUGUACUUGCAUCGCGUCUAUCCAACGAUCUUGCUGUGUUCGCGUUGAUUUUAUUUUCGGUUCAAACCUUUGCUCUGUUUCCUCGGUUACGCCACCGUUUAGCAUCGUAUCACGCCAGGCUUCAAGUCGCAUUCACCGUCGUCUUGUUUAUAGCUUCGAUCAUCGUUGCUUUCCCAUUUCUCCGCCCAGUCAUCGGAGUUUAUAUCGUGUUGCAAUUAAGCCUCACCUUCCUCGCUCCGGCGGUCCUGGUUUGGGCUCAGAAAUUCAAAAAUGAAAUUCGUGGUCCUUGGGACGUCGCAGUUCCGAAAGUCAAUCGAAUGACAGCUCCAAGAUAG